GCGACACCGCGGAGCUUCUGGGCGAGGCCGAGCGGGGAUUGCUCAGGGAGAAUGUGGGGGAGACGGGGCCGGCGCUGGACGACUUCACUUCGGAUGGGGAGGACCUGUGCUGGUACCCCUUUUGGGAGAAGAAGCGGCCGCUGCCUUUUUACGCGGAGUUCGAGACGGACAGCGGAAAGUCCAACACGGCCGAGGCUCGGUGUGCGGGGCACGAAUCCGCGAAGCCGAGCAAGCUGCCUCACACCCGCGGACUCUACGCGUGGUGCUGCCCACAUCGAAUACUCUACGGCAUCCACAUCAUGCUGCGGGGAGAGAGCCCGAGGGAUCCGUUCACGGUGCUGUACACCCGCUUCAACCGGGAGGAGCUGCCGCGAGUGCUCAUCAACGACUGUUCCUGCUCCGAUCAGAACUACUGCUUCAGGAGGGAGCCCACGUUCUUUUCGAACGUACGGUUCGUCAUCGACAAGUUCCAUUACGGCAAGGCCGAGGGAGAGAUCCAUCUCUGCGGCCCCACGAACAACAGUCAUUACUACGGUCUGCUGACCCACGUGAACACGAGCGCUUGCGAGAGCGUGAACAGCUUCCUCAACCGCUUCACCACGAUCGGACCGAGGGUCCCGUCCAGAUUCAUGAAGAUACUCAUAGCUAUACAACCGCUAAGGAAAGAGGGGGAGCAACAGUCGCCGCCUUCAAACGCAAUGGGUUGGGACGGAGAGGUCCCCAGGAUCGAGGUCAGUGCUGCUGCCAUUGCGAUUGCAGGCGGCUUUGACAGACUCUGCAACGACAUAUUCAUUCCUCUGGUAGCCCCUUAUGGGGGAGGGCUGCUAAAAUUCACAUACUGUGUGCUUGAAAAACCAAACCCUACCACACAGCUCGAUUUGCAAGCCCAAAAAAUAACUUUUAGCGAGGAGUACAGCCAGCUCAGGUUCCUGCAGAAGGGCAAGGUGCGGCAAGAGUCGCUCAAGCACUAUCAAGAGCAACACGACACUGGGCUGGAUAGUGCUGAGUCGCUUGCUGAAGCAGUAGAGGACGGCUUGAAAUUUUACCAGAAAAUUGGAGAGCAAGGGGGGGAUUAUGGAUUACCACAGGCAACGUGGUAUGCAUCUGAUUCAGAGGGCAAAACUGCGGGAAUGGGCAAAAAGGGGAGCAAGAGUGUAGGACAUCUCUUUGUUGACAAUCUCAGGUACCUUUUUCAGUUUGCCUACGUCAUGAUUGGCAUCACGGUGGGGAUGUUCUACGUCGGCUACAGGAAUACCAUUGCCGCGUUUCAUACUGAGGAUGUCCAGCUCGAGAGCCUAAACUACCUCUUUGAAGGGGACGCUAAGCAGUGGCUCAUCCUUAAUGGACUAUGGUCUGCUACAGUCUUGGUGUGA